AUGGAUGCGGCGCUCCUGGACGAGCGGCUGACUCCUGCCAAGGUCGACGUCACGUUCAGCCGCGUUUGCGGAAGCUCCCCGCACAUGCUACUCACGCAGUUUCGCGAUGCGAUGGUCCGGCUAGCUGCCAUCAAGUACCCAUCUGUGCCGAGAACGGAGGCGGUGAUGCAGCUUUACCAGAAGCACUUGGCCACUUUUCAGGGCACGACCAAAGGAGUCGUGGCCGAGCUGGACCAAGCUAUGCUCAGCCUACUUGGGGCAGCGAGGCGACGGGCUCUGCCGGCGGUAUCAGGGGUGUGGGACGCGACGCAAAGAAAGACAACCCGUCUGCAGCUCAUAACUCGGGAAGCUUUUGCCGGGCAGCAGGGCUCAGCAUGGACCAAUGGACAAUCAUGA